AUGGCGUGCGAGCCGAGGCCGCGCGUCGCGAGCGCCUGGCGCGGCCGGCGCUGGAGGCGCGCGUCGCAGGGGGCGCGGAGUCGGGGCACGCAGCAGUUGAUCUGCAACGUGGCGCUCCACGCUCGGCGGUGCCCUGCGGAGGGCGCACCGCUGGCCGUGUGGCGCUGCGCCCAGCAUGGCCCAAGGCUCGGCGCAGAUAGCAUGGCUGAUGGCCUGGGUGCUGUCGGUGCCGCCAUCGCGCGGGGCGAGGGCCUGGAGGGUGCCGUGGUCGCGCACGUCGCGGACUUCGAGGCCAAGCUGCUGGCGAAGUACGACGUCUGCGGCGGGGGCCCCGAUGGCGACGAGCGCCAGGAGAGCGGCGUCGAGUGCGAGGGCGUGUGCGGCCCAGGCUUCGGCGUGGAGGAGGAGCUGCGCGGCAGGCUUCACGUGAGGGGCCUCCACGUGCAGCAAGACGAGGACGAGGAGCGCGAGGGGGAAGGCGGCUCGAUUCGGCUGCCGCGAGGCGUCUGGCAGGCGGUGGACCCCGAGGCGAAGGCCAAGGUCUUCGUGGAGGGCAUCGCGGUCGGGUGGCGCUUUGCUGGGCUGGAGACGGGCGCGCGUUGUGGGACUUCGCGCGAGGCUGGCGGCUGGCCGAGAGGGUUGACCAUCAGCAGCACGCGGCGGCUGUGGCGAAGCGCUGGGCGAGCGGAGUCCAGCCAGGGCGCGGGCAUGAUGCAGAGGGUGCGCGCAAGCGCCUUUCGGCUGGCUCUCAAAAGGGAGCUGGACGGUGAGUUUGCCCUCGACCAGCACAUCAAGGAGGGAAAAGGCUACGGCUGA